UGGGCACAUCUGCCUGAGAAAGACAGAUGGUCUGAAAAGCCAGAAGGGCAGUUUCCAGGCAGUGGUUAGGUUGGGGUACAGGGAAGGGGCAUAAAUUGAAUGUAUGUGGAGUAGAGAGCUGACACUUUCUUCUCUGUGAACACCCUGACUCAGAAUUGCAUGUUUUCAGCGUUUUGUAUAGACUGACUUCCAUGUGUCCACCUUGGGUAUUGUUCUCUGAUGCCAUCUGAGGCAAGUGUCUGCCCUUUAAUUUUAAAUUUAAAUUACAAAUUAUCUUCUGUACCCUUGAUUGGAGUUCACUGUGAUGGAGCUAAAGCACUUGUUACACUAUCAAGUGGCCUGGCCUGGGAAAGCCCAGCAGCUCAGGUGGUUUGAAUUCUGUGCCCGGUGACCUUUUGUUUCCAUGAGAACACAGAAUGCAGCCAAAGGAGCAAGCUGAGCUACAAUGGUGAGAAUCGGAACUAACAAAAGAAUAUUCAAAAUAUAAGAAAAAGCCUUGUCUCAAAGCACCCAGUAGGUGUGACCUGCGUGCAACCAGUUGUUCUGCUGAGGCUAUGGCCUAUGGUUCUGCCCCUCCAGGACCUGUCCACAACAAGAGAGGGAUUGUGGAAAUCACACAGCUCUUCUCCUGAGUCCCCAUCACCGAGAGAAAGGAGGCUUUCCCAAGGACUCUGAGGGGAGAUGAAUGCUGGGUGUGGACUCAACUCUGGUCGAGACUCAAGCCACCCAGCCCUCCCCAGCACAUUGUGUGAGCCAGGCCAGGCUUCCAGACACAGCCCCUCCCGUCCCACCCCAGCCAGGGUGGUGCUUGUGUGGAAAGGACUUUAAAUUCAUCUGCCAGACCCCUGGACAGGAGAAGCAGAGAGGGCUGGCCACCAUGCUCAGCUCCCGAAGCCUCCUGGUGCUCCUGCUGCAGUUGUUGCUGCUGCUGGCUGCCCCCACAGGCCACACAGAUGCCUUCACUGCUGAGGAGAAAAAAGUGUUGGUGGAUCAGCAUAAUCUCUAUCGUUCUAAGGUGUUCCCGAAGGCCACGCACAUGCUAAAAAUGCACCCAGUAGGUGUGACCUGCGUGCAACCAGUUGUUCUGCCGAGGCUAUGGCCUAUAGUUCUGCCCCUCCAGGACCUGUCCACAACAAGGGAGGGAUUGUGGAAAUCACACAGCUCUUCUCCUGAGUCCUCAUCACCGAGAGAAAGGAGGCUUUCCCAAGGACUCUGAGGGGAGAUGAAUGCUAGGAGUGGACUCAACUCUGGUCGAGACUCAAGCCACCCAGCCCUCCCCAGCACAUUGUGUGAGCCAGGCCAGGCCUCCAGACACAGCCCCUUCUGUCCCACCCCAGCCAGGGUGGUGCUUGUGUGGAAAGGACUUUAAAUUCAUCUGCCAGACCCCUGGACAGGAGAAGCAGAGAGGGCUGGCCACCAUGCUCAGCUCCCGAAGCCUCCUGGUGCUCCUGCUGCAGUUGUUGCUGCUGCUGCUGGCUGCUCCCACAGGCCACACAGAUGCCUUCACUGAUGAAGAGAAAAAAGUGUUGGUGGAUCAGCACAACCUCUUUCGUUCUAAGGUGUCUCCGAAGGCCACGCACAUGCUGAAAAUGUACUGGGACGAGGAACUGGCCGACUACGCAGAGGCCUACGCACGGAAGUGCAGGUGGGAACACAACCCGAAUAACGCGUGGCGCGGCGAGAACCUCUUCACCAUGACGGGCAGGGAGAUCAACCUGCCGCUGGGCGUGUCGGAGUGGCACCGCGAGCGCGAUUUCUACAACUUCAGCGCCAACACCUGCCAGCCAGGGGAGAUGUGCGGCCACUACACCCAGGUAGUCUGGGCCGACUCUAACAGGGUUGGCUGUGGCGCUUACUACUGUGAGAAACUGCAUGUCAUUGAUGAGAACAACAUGUAUUUGCUGGUCUGCAACUACAAGCCUGCGGGAAACGUAAUAGGACGAUGGCCCUACCGGGUGGGGCCAUCCUGCUCCCAAUGCCCCCCUGGCUACCGCUGCGUGAACGACCUCUGUGAACCCAUCAGAGACCCGGAAGAGGCUCAGGAUUUGCCUUCCCUAGUAACUGAGGCCUCAUUCUCCUUGGCAACUGUAGCCUCAGGGGCUAAGAAAAAGGGGGUCCCUUCUUCCCUAGCAACUGAGAGUCCCUCCUUUUUGGUAACAGAGGUCCCAUCCUCCCUGGCAACCAGGGCUCAGCCUACCUUAGAAAUUGAGGCCCCAUCUUCCCUAGCAACGAAAGCCCCAUCCAUGGCAACAGAGGCCCCAUCUUUGUUAACAUCGGAGGUGCCUUCCUUUCUGGCAAGUCACAGCCUGUUCUCCUUCGAUGGGGGUCUGGUUACCUUCCCCAAAUCCACCCACACACCCACCCCAAUUAGCAAAGUGGCCAGCAGUGCAAGAGCACCCUCUGUGAGCCCAGCGAAAUUACUGCACCCUGAGAUGUCCCUGACAGGGAUACAGGACCCCUUUCCCCAAGGCCAGGAGAAGGCAAAAACAAGGGGCCCCCACACAUUGCCUCCUUCGGGUGAGGUCUUGGCCUCAGUUUUUGCAGUGCAGGAUGAGCCAGAUGAACUGCAGGCCACCCUGGCCCACAUGGGGCACACCUCCUCCAGGUCCCUGCCCAGCUCCCCCAACACCUCUGCCACCACUAAUGCCAUGGGUAGGUACACCCUGGCCCUGCAGUCACCCUUGCCAGAUGAAGUCAUCCCUGAAGACCCAGACAGUGAUUUAGGCAUUGAGCCAGUCAUUGAACCAGAAAUCGGAUCAGGCAUCCCGUCAGUUAUGGGAAAGCCAAACAAUGGAAUGCCGAGCAACAUAAAGCCAACCACGGAAAAGCCCACCACGGUUAAGCCGACCACAGUAAAGAUUACCACUAUAACGACAACCACCAUAAAGACGACCAUGGUAAAGACAACCACGGAAAAGGUGACCACGGUAAAGACUACCACCACCACGGUAGAGACAACCACGUUAAAGCCGACUACAGUAAAGACAAUCACGGUAAAACCCAGCAAAUUAAAGCCCAGCAAGGUAAAGCCCAACAAGUUCAAGCCGAGCAAGGUAAAGCCAAGCAAGUUAAAGCCAAGCAAAGUAAGGCCGAACUUGGCCCCUGAUCAUGUCUGGAGUCCCUUUCUGGGACUGCUGCUAUUGCCUCCUCUGUUGGCUGGAACCCUCUGAAGCGGCUUCCACUCAAAGCAAGGCCUGGUGGGGGAACCCUGACCUCAUGCCCAGAGAGCUCCUACCCUGUGGCCCAGUAGCUGUCCUUCACUCCAGUGUCUGCCCAGACCACAGACCAGCCCCCUCACCUCCUCAGGGGUCUUCUGUAGAGCCAACCCCUGGCGUUGCCCCAGGAGCUCUCUACUCCCUCCUUUUGCCUCUGGGAAAGCCCAUGAUUCAACUGACUACAGCUUGUUCUAAAAGGUGUUCCUGUGGCCCCAGGCACCCAUUCUCCAUUUGUUUUUCUGCCCAUGGGCCCACUCUCCCAGGGUUAGAGGAUUUCAGGACUUUCUAAGAACCCCUAGCUCGAGUCCCUUGGCCUCUUCCUCUAGCCAUCUGAGUCCAGUACUGCCCCAGGAGUACCUCCUGCUUUGCCAGGGUGAAGAGAUCAGCCAUCCAUCUACAAGCUUCCCUCUCGUGUCUCCAGCCUCCUAAAUAAGAUGCCUCUCAGCUGAAGGGCUUCUGAAAGGCUAAGGCUGCAUGGCAUGUGCCUCUUCCACAGACAUCCUGGGGCCACAAGGCCAGGCUGGCUGUGGCCCAAUGACUGCACGCCUGGGUGCCUCUGCUCCCCACCUCAGUUCUGAGGGUGCAUGGGGAUUGAGGGGAAAGCCCUGUCCAUCUGGCCUGGCCUGCCUGCCUGCCUUGAGUGUCCCUUUACCCUACAUGCCAUUAUAGCUCAGGAGGGGACUAUAAGGAGCAGAGGAAAGACAGGCCCCACUCAAGUGGGAUUCUGUGGGUAGGGAAAACGGAACCAGGGAAAGGAAGUAGCCCCUGACUCCUGAAUAAAAGCCUGUCUGAGAGUACCUGGGGCCUCAGUGCUGUGAGGGGGCCACAAAGGAGUGCUAUUUGGGAGCUGCUGAAGAGACUCAACUCUUCCCCUAACAACCUGUGGCAACUGUUCCUGAUCUUUCACACCCCUUCUCCCCAGCUCACUCCCAUCUAGUUUCCCUCUUCAGGGCAACUUCUUCCCUUCUUAUAAACUGCCCCUCCCCCAGUCUUCAGGGCUCCCUCACUUUGCUCUUCAUGCCCAGAGGCAGGAGGGGCAAAGGGCAAAGGAAAAGCCAAGAAGGAUGUAUUAGUUACGGUUCUCUACGGAAACAGAACCAGCAGGAGAUAUCUGUAAAUAUGAGAUUUUAUAAAGUGUCUCACACAACUGUGGGGAUGCAUGAGUCCAAAUUCCGUAGGGCAGGCA